GACAAUACCCUGGCUCUGGAAAUGAUUGAUGGGUCUGAGGUCCCAGGAUUCACCAGGAGUUUUUGGUUGGCCUACAGGGAUCAAUGUCUACCUCACAUUUCACAUUACCUAUCCAUUAGGGAAGAAGAGCCACUUGAGGGGGGCUUUUUGUGGACCAGAAAACCAGCCAAUGUUGUUUCCUAAUCCUACAGUCUGUCUCCAACAAAAUCAUCCAUCAUGCUGGAGUUAACAGGGAUAGACUCACGUACACAGAGCAAAAAUACCAACUGCAACACUCAGUGAGGGGCUGUUGCUAUGACUUUAGCAAGUUGAGGCAGCAGUGCAUGAAUGCUGGGGAGAUAAGAACACAGGAUGAUGCAGUGAAAGAUACUGUACAAAUGACGUUAAUGAGUGCUUGUGAAGGGUGGAGCUGGUCAGUUUAUUGGUGUCCAUGGCCAAAGUUGACAGCACAUGGAAACUUGAACCCGGCACACAGUCAUGAGUCAUUUCCGCAACUGGAAACAGAAGGAUGCCUCCAGUGGGGCAGGAAACAAAGGCGCUCUCCUGGAUACAUUUUGACACACUUUGCCGCCUGUAGAUCACAUGUGGCUGAUACCCAGCUUCUGAUAAGGUCAGUGAUUUCACAUACUCUGCUGGUGUGAUGAGGAAUCAAACCAGAAAACGUGCAUUAAAGAUAGAUUUAAGCGUUGAAGAUUAGAGUGUUCUGAGGCUUUGCCAAGAACUGCCCCCACCAUGUGACCUUUUACACACUGGCACACCACAUCACCUCAUGGGUUUAUUUUAUUUUACUGUCUUACAGGGCUGUUGCUCAGAAUACACUCACUGUCUGCUUUUGUGUCUUUAGUGCGCCACACUGCGUCAGGGCUCUCCACAAAGCCGGCAAUGAUGAGAGGCGCCCUAAAAGCUGUUUUAAUUUCAAGCUCAAGGCUCCGUUAAAAGGAUGGAUGUCCUUUACAUUCAGUCCUCCCCCCCUUUCUGGUUGCUUUGUCACUGUUGUCAUGAGCGCUGGAGCCAGCCAGAGAGGAAUCCCUGGAAUCUUUUUCGGCUGACCUGGCUCUGAAAAGUAAUGGUGACAUUGUCCUAGUAGCAGACCCGACUCCUAGAUGCUUAAUAGUAAAUUUCAGUCCCUGCAUCAUGUGUAAGAAUAGUCUGUGGCCCUUCUGGUGCCUCAAAGAAACUAAAAAUGAAAAAGAAAAAAACAUUCAACAGUGACUGUAUGCCCUUCACAGUUUCCAUAAAAUACGCAAUAAUUUAAGCAUUCUAAAAUAAUUAGACUGAUCCUAGAUUAGUUGCAGUUUACAGCAGAGUGGAGCGGUGAGUUUAACUCAGCAGCAGUGAUAGGGUUAACAUACCCAUAUGGUGUACCAAGAGGUUUGGUCCAAUGCUGCUGUGGGCCAACAGGAGAGCGAAGGCUGGGUGGGGAAAGAACAGAAGGGAGAGGACAGCGGGGCAUACACUCUCCCAACACCUGCACCUGGUCACUUGAAUCUCACUCAGUCACCUCCAAACUCACUUUUACGGAUCAGCGGACCAACAUCUCGAUCACAUCACGGUGAUGGUUGUUGCCAUCCAGGUUUAAACUUUUUUCUCUCUCUCCUUCUUUUUUUUUUGGAAAGAGUGGAAAAGGCGUUAAAGGAUUAGUUGUUUCCCCCUCCUCCUUCUCCUCCUCCUUUUUAAAAAAAAAAAAUAUGUUGAGUGAAUGCCUUUGGUCAAUGGCGACCGAUUAGCCUUCGGUUUUUCCUCAGAAGAGGAAUUAGCAAACCUAUCGGAUUGUUUUAUGCCUGCGCAGAGCUGCUGACAGAGAUUUUCCAGCUCAGCUCCGAGGCGCAAAACGCGAGGAGUGCAGCGGUAACAUCCCGCAAGUUUGGGAUCUGAAAGGCACGGCGGCUUUCCCGAAAGCCCGGUAUCAAAGGCCUGUCAUAUUUUCCAGCGCAGGUGCGAAGAUUUGGACGUUGUUCUCUCCUGCCAAACGAGACGUCUUGCCUUGGAAGGCUGCAGGCCAAACUUCUGAUCAGAGAGAUCAGAGAAAAUUUAGAUCUCUGUGGGCUACCUGCGUGACUGUUACCAUGACAGCAUCUGGAGCCCAGCUCCUCCUUUUGGCCCUCUGUGUUUGCAGAAGCUUGGGCGUGCAGCAGUCUGCUCCUCGGGUUCGCCUCUCCUUUAAAGAACUGAUGGACACAAGAGCGGCACGACCCUUCAGCUUCACCUUCAAUACCAGCGAUUACCGUGUACUUCUGAUGGAUCAGGACCAGGGACGUCUGUACUUGGGCAGCCGGGAGUACCUGGUGGCUCUGGACAUGCACAAUGUUAACAAGGAGCCACUCAUAAUCCACUGGCCAGCAUCUGCUAAGAGAAAGGGAGAAUGUCAGAUGACAGGAAAGGGAAAACAGGGUGAAUGUGCCAACUUUGUGCGGUUGAUAGAGCCGUGGAACCGCACCCACCUCUACACUUGUGGAACAGGAGCGUACCAACCCAUCUGCACAUUCAUCAACAGAGGCUGGAGGGCAGAGGACUACCUGUUUAGGCUGGUCCCUGGGUAUGUGGAUUCGGGGAAGGGAAAAUGUUCCUAUGAUCCCAAACAGGAGAAUGUUGCAGUUUUGAUCAAUGGUAAUCUAUAUGCAGGGGUACAUAUCGACUUCAUGAGUACAGAUGCUGCUGUGUUUAGGACCAUGGGAGGAAGAACGGCAAUCAGGACAGAGCAGUAUGACUCCAGAUGGCUCAACGAGCCUGUGUUUAUUCGAAUCCAGCAGAUCCCUGACAGUGCAGAAAAGAAUGACGACAAACUGUACUUCUUUUUCCGAGAGAAGAGUCUAGACUCCAGCGGCGGGGCGAGUCCCACUGUUUUAGCCAGGGUGGGAAGAGUGUGUCUGAAUGACGAAGGAGGACAGAAGUCCCUGGUGAACCGCUGGACGACGUUCCUGAAGGCUCGUCUUAUCUGUUCGGUGAUAGGAGAAGACGGGGUGGAGACACGAUUUGACGAACUACGGGAUGUGUUUAUACAGCCAACGCAGGAUGAACGAAACCCUAUGGUGUACGCUCUCUUCACUACAGCAGGCUCUGUGUUCAAGGGAUCAGCAGUCUGUGUUUACUCGAUGGCUGAUAUCCGCAACGUAUUCAACGGACCGUUUGCCCACAAACAUGGCCAUAAUUAUCAAUGGACAGAGUACACUGGCAAGAUUCCCUACCCAAGGCCUGGAACGUGUCCGGGAGGAACCUUCACUCCUGGUAUCCGAUCCUCAAAGAACUUUUCAGAUGAGGCUGUGAAUUUCAUCAGAGCCCAUCCCCUCAUGUUUCAUUCAGUUUAUCCUAUCCAUCGCCGCCCCCUGGUGGUGAGAACUGGUGUGGACUAUAGGUACACUGCCCUGGUGGUGGAUCAGGUGGAUGCUGUUGAUGGGCGCUAUGAAGUGCUCUUCCUGGGGACAGAUCGAGGCACUGUGCAAAAGGUAAUAGUUUUGCCUAAGGACCCAACGAGCAUGGAGGAGUUGACACUAGAGGAAGUGGAGGUUUUUCGGACCAGAGCACCAGUCAAGACUAUGAAAAUAUCAUCUAAAAGACAACAGCUGUACGUGUCAUCAGAUGCAGGGCUGACCCAAGUGUCGCUUCACCGCUGCGGGGUGUACGGCAGGGCCUGCUCUGACUGCUGUCUGGCUCGGGACCCCUACUGUGCCUGGGAUGGAGAGAGUUGCUCUGCUUUCACGCCAUCAACCAAAAGGAGAAGCAGAAGACAGGACGUUAAACACGGCGACCCGCUGAGGCAGUGCAGAGGCUUUAACGCCAAAGUUGAGAAACGUCUGAGAGAGACAGUGCAGUUUGGAGUAGAGGGCAGCAGCACCUUCUUGGAGUGUCAGCCUCGUUCUCCCCAGGCCACAGUAAAGUGGCUCUUCCAGAGAGAAGGAAAGAGGAAAGUGCUCAACCGUGCCGGAGGGGUUGUUAAGACCAACCACGGCAUCCUUCUGAAGUCUCUCAACCAAACAGACGCUGGGCUCUACCACUGCCUCGCCACUGAAAACAACUUUAAACACACGGUGACCCGCAUUGCGCUGCGCAUCCUUGACCGAGACAUCGUUUUAGCUCUCACCGCUCAAGACGAGGACGAAGAGCCAAAAACCCAUCAGACACGGCCAUACUCGCAGUCCUCCCUCGCCUCUACACCAUUCCCGCCUGAGAUUAGACUGAUCAACCAGUACUGUCAGUCCUACUGGGAACAAAUCAGUCCCAAACAGCAGCAGCAGCGUAAGCGCACCAGCCGCAGGCACACAGAAAGCCAGGACCAAGGGCUCGGCUAGGAGACGGGACCAACACUGUCCGGCACUGGCCUGUAUAGACUUUAUGGUGGACUUUCAUUUGACACAUCUUUGGGUGUCACUUCUAUUCAUUAGGCAGGCGAUGCUGUCUUUCUGUCCUUAACGUGUAUUGGUGGUUUUGCAAACGCCAGCCCAGUAAAUACAUAUGAAAUAUAUUUUACACUACUGAUGACCACAUUCUAAGUUGUAGCAUACAUUUCUAUUCUCCAAAACACAGCUGUAUUACCAAUGUGGUUAAAAAAAAUGAAUGAAUAACAGACUGCACAUUGGGGUUGAUCACAUAUUUCACACACACUUUGGUGUUGAUUUGGACAAAGAAUGACUGUGAUGUAAAGUAUAUGUAAGAUAUAGCUAACGGGCUCCAACAUGCAAAAACACAAGUAUGUUCUCUUUUAAGUAUCUUGAAACAGAAAUGUAAUAUAUUGAUUGUGAAUAUAAUAUAUAAGGUCGUGAUGCAGUCAUUGGAUUGCUCUUGCAUAACGAUGACAUGAAUGCAUAUUUUGCAUGCGUACUGUUGUUGUUUGUUGCAAGUUGUACAUUUAACUGUUCUGUUUUCUGGUGUGUUACGAUGUUUGUAAGGUGUAUUGUUUUAUGUUAAGCUAAUUCCAUUGGAUUUUGUCAUACAAUGACUCCCUUACUGUCCUGUGCAUUAGUGACCUACAGUAUGUGAGUAUUGAGGCUAUGUAUAGCGUACAGUGUUCUUCCAGUCAUGCACUUUGUAGGUGGUGGUAUUUGAGGGAACUGGGGAUUUUUGCACAGACGUUUGAGAAUAUGAUACAGGAACCUACUUUUUUUAUGUAUAGUAUGUUAUAAAAAUGGGAACGAAACUGGCUCAGAUUUAGUAUUGUUGGUGUUCUGUCAUAAGCUGUAGUCACAGGUUGGUUUUUGGGUUUGUCUCUUUUUUUAAAUGGCUCUUUAAGCAUAUUUUCCACUCGGAGCCGCUUUUCACCUCUGCUAUGUGUUGUGAUGCUGAUGAAUCCUACACUGGAAGUGUUAGAAAAAAAUAUAAGCAUUUCAGAAUUCUCAU